AACCAGUGAUAGAGCUUGAUCAACCGACUGGGGUUUAUGUAGUCGGAGAGACGGUCGCCAUUACCUGCUCUGUGACUGGGCGUUAUCGUGAUAAAACCUUCCACUUUUACAGAUGAGACCAGGAAAUGCCCCGCUUACACGUCACCACGAAGAACAACAUUGGAACGGCUCAUGUUACCGUUGGAACAGAUGGAGAACAAUACAGCUGCGCAUAUAGCGUCAAUGGUCGGCGGAUAUAUUCCCCGGUGAGCGAGCAUGUGAUGGUGACUAUAACAGCUCCACCAUCAAAACCAGUGAUAAGACUUGAUCAAUGGACUGGGGUUUAUGUUGUCGGAGAGAGGGUCACCAUUACCUGCUCUGUGACUGCAGAUGAUCGAGAUAAAAACUUCCACUUUUAUCGAGGUGGCCAGAAUCUGUCCCUCUCACAGUUUACCACAAAGUACGACAUUGGAACAGCUCGUGUUACCGCUGGAACAGAUGGAGAACAAUACAGCUGCGCAUAUAGCGCUUCUGUCAAUGGUCGGUGGAUAGAUUCCCCGCUGAGCGAGCAUGUGAUGGUGACUAUAACAGCUAAACUAUCAAAACCAGUGAUAAGUCUUGACCAAUGGACUAAGGUUUACGUUUUCGGGGAGAGGGUCACCAUUACCUGCACUGCGAUGGCAGAUGAUCGAGAUAAAAUGUUCUACUUUUACAGAGGGAACCAGGAUCUGUCCCUCUCACAGUUCGCCACAAAGUACGACAUUGGAACAGCUCGUGUUACCGCUGGAACAGAUGGAGAACAAUACAGCUGCGCAUAUAGCGCUUCUGUCAAUGGUCGGUGGAUAGAUUCCCCGCUGAGCGAGCAUGUGAUGGUGACUAUAACAGCUCCACCAUCAAAACCAGUGAUAAGACUUGAUCAAUGGACUGGGGUUUAUGUUGUCGGAGAGAGGGUCACCAUUACCUGCUCUGUGACUGCAGAUGAUCGAGAUAAAAACUUCCACUUUUAUCGAGGGGGCCAGAAUCUGUCCCUCUCACAGUUUACCACAAAGUACGACAUUGGAACAGCUCGUGUUACCGCUGGAACAGAUGGAGAACAAUACAGCUGCGCAUAUAGCGUUUCUGGCAAUGGUCGGUGGAUAGAUUCCCCGCUGAGCGAGCAUGUGGUGGUGACGAUAACAGAUCCGCUAAAAACCCCAGUGAUAUAUCUUGAUCAAGCCACAGGGGUGUAUGCAGUAGGGCAGACGAUCACCAUGACCUGCACCGUGACUGGAGAUAAUCGCGAGAAAAUGUUUUAUUUUUAUAAAGGACAUCAACAGCUGCCCUUUAAUACAAGCAGCAGAAAUACCGAAACGUUCACAUUCCCGAAUAGUGGUCUAAGCCACAGCGGACAAUACCGAUGUCAAUACAGAGUUACCGUCCGGAGCAGGCAGUUCGAUUCUAAACAGAGCCAGGCUAUAACGGUGGCCAUAGAAGAAAAGAAUCCUGUUGCUCUGGCUGCUGUUGUUGGUUCUGCUUUGGGACUGAUUCUCCUCCUUGCCCUAUUGGGUGUCUGCGUCUGGAGAAAAGGGAAGAAGGAAAACAUGCGGGAAACCAGGAACGCGGUGCCCUCUAGAGAGCAAAACAACGAACACCUGACAUACGCUGAUCUUAUCCUACAAACAAAUCCGAAGGGAGAAGAUUGUCAGCGAGAUAACAGCCAUGCCCAGAGUGAGGAGUACACCCUCUACGCAGCAGUGAAGCUGUAGAGCAAUCCCAGAGCUCCCGGGCCCUCAGUGAGAAGCCCAGCGUCGCUCUGCUUAAUGACCAUGAACGAGCCACCCUGUUCCACGAUUAUGCAAGGAAAUUCUUGAUCUACAGAUAGUUUUAACGACAACUCCAAGCUCAGGUGAUGUUCUAGCCCACUCACUGAAUAGCUGUCCCUGGGCGCCGGUCCCGUCUGAGACGAGUGCCAGAAUGAAGAUGCGGAGAGAUGGAUCAGGCGAUGGAAUGGAACUGAUUUCAACCACUGGUACCGAUGAUGACCUGCCCUUUACCAACUGCCUGAUUACUCCCUUCCUCCGCCAGAUUAUGUUCUCUGUGCUAAGAUUAGGCAAUUCUCCACGCCCAGAAACGGAAGGCCAAAAUCCAUUGCCAUUUCAGAGCGGGGUUUUACCCAUGUUGGUUGCUGGAGAAGCGAUUUUUGUUAUUGCUAUAGUUAAUAAAGAUAGUUUGGAAGCUAUUUUAAUUUUAUCCCAGUCUGGUUAUAAUGAAAUCCCGCGCUUUCAUUUUCGCAAUAAAUACAUUACAAUCUGA